CAAGAGUCGAGAGGCAGUAUUUUAUAUAACACAAGAGUUCUGGCUACAUAGACCCUUUCCGAUUUUGCCUGUCGACUGUACAGGAUUGGACUCGGGAACGCAAGGCGUUUUCCGGAAAGGAACUUCCCCUAUUUAUUGUGUAUAUACCUCGGAAGUAACACCUGACGGAAGUUGAGAGUUUGGCUUCAUCAUGACGGAUUCUCACGAGGAAACAGUGAGGGAUUAUGGGCUGACUCGGAACUUUAGCAGCGACAAUUUCGCUAGCGAUGCUCAUCGUCAGAUGAUAGGGGUACGGUUGCCAAGGAGACAACAGCGUCCUGGUCGCUCUUCAUCUUCCAGACGACAUCGGGAUCAAAAUGGCUACCCUAGAUCGUCUGAUGCUUCAAGUCCCAAUGUGCCAGAAAAUACAACCGGUCUUCCUGCUUCAGUGUCGCCUAGUGAACACAUUCAACAACUCCUUCUCGAGAACGAUGACACACACAACGUUUUCUGUCAGAUGGACACACUUUACACCGCUCUGAAUGAGUACCAAUGGAGAGAGACAGCAAGAUGGGUGAAAUAUGAAGAAGAUGUAGAAGAUGGAGGAGAGCGUUGGUCUAAGCCCCACGUUGCCUCACUUUCGCUACAUUCCCUGUUUGAACUCCGGUCCUCCCUGCUGAUGGGAGCUGUGAUGUUAGACAUGGAUGCUUACCAUAUCACCCAGGUUGCUGACCUCAUCAUCGAUCAGCUCAUUAAUGCCAAACUCUUGGAAAGCAACCUUCGCGACAACGUCAGAGCAGCAAUAACAGCAAACCACGCCCAUCAGCAUCAAAAGCGCAGGCGAAGUAUGAUGCCAACUCAACAAGAAUCAAUGGCCGACUUCCGAAAACGUUCAAUGAAGAGAAACUUUUCUAGUAACAUGUCUUUCAGAAAGGACAGCUCAGCAAAAUUAAACAGAAAUCCAAAUAGUGUUCCUGAAAACAUUGGUGACAUUUUGAGCGAUUCUGCUUCAAGUGCUAAGCUGAACCAACAGUUCAUGAAAAAGAUUCCUGAUGGGUCGGAAGCUGCCAACAUUUUGGUUGGAGAGAUGGAUUGCCUGAAGUAUCAGAUUACCGCCUUUGUGAGACUGACCGAGGCACGGUCUAUCGGGGACCUGACAGAGGUCCCUCUGCCAACAAGGUUCAUCUUCCUCCUCCUAGGACCUCCCGGGAGCCACAACAAAAACGUAGAGAUGGGACGUUCCAUGUCCACAAUGAUGGUUGAUGAGGUCUUCAGGGAAGUUGCAUACCGGGCCAAAAGUAGGCAAGAUAUUUUGUCUGGAAUCGACGAGUUCCUUGACCAGGUCACGGUUCUUCCUCCCGGAGAGUGGGAUCCUAAAAUCAGGCUAGAGCCUCCUGACAAAGUACCAUCCCAGGACCCAAGGAAACAACAGAACGCCAAGGUUCCAGAGGGUCCGAAAGUAGCAGCAGAACAGAUUGAAGAGGAAGAAUCUCAUAUCGAUCCAACAUUAGUACGAACUGGCAGACUGUUUGGAGGUUUGGUGGCCGACAUCAAACGAAAGAUUCCGUGGUAUGCCAGCGACUUCAAAGAUUGUCUUCACAUCCAGUGUGUGGCGUCCACAUUGUAUCUCUACCUGGCUACUCUUACACCAAAUGUUACAUUCGGAGGACUUCUAGGACUGGCAACAAACCAAUACAUGGGUACGAUGGAAUGCAUCUUGACCGCAGCUAUCGUUGGCAUUCUCUUUGCUCUCUUUGCUGGGCAACCGCUGAAUAUUCUGGGUAGUACUGGUCCCAUGUUGGUUCUUGAAAUGAUUGUCUACAGCUUCUGUAUUGAUCAAGGAUGGGAUUACAUGCCUUUCCGGGCGUGGACGGGAAUCUGGACAACAGUUAUCAUCAUGCUUGUAGUGGCCUUUGACCUCAGUGCGCUUGUGCGGUACAUCACGAGAUUUACCGAGGAGAGCUUCGCUUGCCUGAUCGCCAUUAUCUUCAUUUACGAAGCUAUCAAAAAAGUCAUCGGAAUCACCAAAAAGUAUCCCGUCAAUCUCAACCCAGAGCAUGAAUACUUCUUCAACUGCACUUGUACGCCACCGAUUGACAAUUCCACCUACUUUAAUGCAACGAACCUAACGAUGGCUGCUGGGCCGACAUACGCUGUACAAGAGAUGACAACCAUGAGCUACGCCAAUUCCAGCUCCAUUGACUUCUCGACGCUGACGGAGGACAUGUGCGAGAUGUACAAUGGAACCAUGGUGGGACCGGAUUGUGGUCAUCAUCCGUAUGCCGCCGACGUCUUCUUCCUGUCCGUCAUCUUGUUCUUUGGCACCUACGUCAUUGCAACAUCUCUGAAGGACUUCAAGACCAGUGGAUACUUCCCUAGCUUUGUUCGUCAAAUCUUCAGUGACUUUGCUGUGCUGCUAGCCAUUAUUCUCAUGGUCGGUCUAGAUAUGGCCAUUGGCAUUCCCACGCCUAAACUAGAAGUACCAGAAAAUUUCGCUCCAACAAAGCCCGGCCGUCCAUGGUUUAUCAACCCCAUCAGCGACAAGAACCCCUGGUGGGUCAUCCUUGUGUCCGCUAUUCCAGCUUUCCUGUCUACCAUUUUGAUUUUCCUUGAUCAGCAGAUCACAGCUGUCAUCGUCAACAGAAAGGAGAAUAAACUGAAGAAAGGAAACGGUUACCACUUGGACAUGUUCGUGGUCGGUAUCUGCGUGCUGAUCUGCUCGCUGCUUGGUCUGCCGUGGUACGUCGCCGCCACUGUGUCCGCCCUGGCCCACAUCAUGAGUCUGAAGAAGGAAUCCGAAUGCUCCGCCCCUGGUGAAAAGCCGGUCUUCUUAGGAUGUCGCGAACAACGUGUGACAGCGCUGGUGGUCGGUAUCCUCAGUGGUCUCUCUGUCUUUAUGACCAAAAUCUUGAAGGUUAUCCCUAUGCCUGUGUUGUACGGUGUCUUCUUAUUCAUGGGUGUCGCAGCUCUUAAAGGAAUGCAGUUUGUUGACCGCCUCGCUCUCAUCUUCAUGCCCAAGAAGUACCAGCCCGAUCACAUGUACCUUCGUCACGUGCCGAUCAAGCGUGUCCACCUCUUCACCUUCUUCCAAAUCGUCUGUCUGGCUGUACUGUGGGUGGUGAAGAUGAUCAAGUCCAUCUCCAUUCUCUUCCCCGUCAUGGUUUUGGGUACUUGUAUUGUACGAAAGUUGUUUGACUAUAUCUUCGAGCAAAGAGAGUUAAAAUGGCUGGAUGACUUGAUGCCGGAGGAUAAGAAGAUGGCAAAGGAGGACCAAGAAAUAGCUGGAGAAGGCGAGAAAGAUCAGCUGCUGAAUGAGGAGGAGUCAAAGUUCAACUACAACCGAGUCAACAUCUCUGAGGAGGUCAACAAGACCGGUAUGUGGCUCCAAGUGCGCCGCAGUUCCACCAGGGAGGACUCACUCCACGACAAAAAUAGAAAGAACAUGAAGAACGAAGAAAAUUCAGAGAAAAAGGGACAAAAAGCCGCCUUCUACUUCGGAGAAAACGCGUAAAGGACAGAAAUAAACACAUACACAGAGAAAAACUAAUGUGUUGAUAUAAACAAAGAACGCGGGGAGAUUGUGUGCGUUUAAAAGUAGCAAUUCUUUGUAUUGUUUUAUAAGAGACAUCAAUACUAGCAUAGUAUUAAAGAUAGAACUCCUGAUAUUUUGUGUACAAUUGGUCAAAUAUAUAGUUAAACAGAAACAAAUAGUUUACUUCACUUUGAAGUUUUGUAUUUCAAUGAAUGACUAUGUAUUUUUUUCUAUCACAUAGGUUUUUUCUGUACAAGACUGAAAUAUAUAUUUGUAUUUCCUGAAUUUAGGUGCUUUUGAAGGGAUGAAAUUAAUUGGAAUAAAAUUAAAAAAACAAAUGAAUGCUUAUAACUGACACUCACUUUUUGUAUGUCUGCACCAGCCAUUUAACUCAUGAUACAUUUGUUAACACUCAUAUUGUGCAUUAUGACAUCUACAAAGUAGCACUUUUUUUAAAACUGUAAUUUUAAUUUAUAUACGGAAUAAAAAGACUUUAAAAUCCGACAA